AGUGACAGCCAAAGAUAGAAUCAGACCACUUGAAUACCAUUCCCAUUGAUAAAAAACCGUGAUUACAGUGUAGCCUUGUAAACUGAUAGCACCUCGUAUGGGUUGUCUGUCUUUAUACAUCAGGAGCGAGGAGCGGAAUAAGUCGUCUUUUCCUCGUUGCAAAUAAACAUACAUUUAAAUAAAUGAAAAGUUUAAAUCCGUGUCCCCGGUAUUUUUUUCAAUUUCAAGUUUAGUUUGUGCUUAGAAGGAAAUAAUAGUUCUUCAAUAAAACAUUUAAGUGCGAUUAUAAUAUCUGUUGUGGUUUCGUGAGUGUCAUAAACUAAAUAUUCUAGUGCCAUUGUUAUACGAUUUUAAACUUGUGAUACCAAUGAUUAUAAUCAGAUAGUGGUUAAUGAACCAUAUUUCAAAAGCAAGAGCAUUUUUUACUCAUCGGAGUUCGUAUAAUAGCUUGUGUAGAUCACGUGUAUAUUUUCGCUACGCUCAAGUAGUCAGAAUGGGUUUGUUGUCUGAAGGAAGCCCUUUGACUUGGGAGGAGACGAAGGCGUUGGCAGAACAUGUUCGUCAGCACGGCAUCGAGCAGUUUAUCAACCUUUACAGAAAACUCCAAGACCGUACUGGCGACGUCCUGAAAUGGGGAGAUGAGGUGGAGUAUAUUAUAAUAAAGUUUGAUGAUGAGAACCAGCGUGCUACAGUUAGCCUUAGAGCUAAGGAGCUCCUGCCUCUUCUGCAAGAAAAAGAAUUGGCUGACCCACAAAAUUGUAAAUCUCUUUGGCGUCCAGAGUAUGGUGCAUAUAUGGUCGAAGGCACCCCUGGGAAGCCGUACGGCGGACUUCUGGCACACUUCAACAUAGUAGAGGCUAACAUGCAAUACCGUAGAGCCGAAGUCACACAUUUAUUACCACCAGGAGAAGUUAUUAUGAGCAUAACUAACUUUCCAAGAUUAGGUUGUCCAAACUUCACGAGCCCGUCGCACCCGCCGACGCCGCACGAGGGCGUAUCCAGAUCACUGUUCUUCCCCGACGAUGCCAUAUUCUCUGGACAUCCCCGCUUUAAAACCUUGACCUCUAAUAUACGGCAGAGACGAGGUGAAAAAGUUGCUAUUAAUUUACCAGUGUUUAGAGAUGUAAACACGAAGAUUCCGGUGGACAAUUCUCAUGAGCUGGAGCCAGACGCGGCCAAGCCUGACUGUGUCUACAUGGACGCUAUGGGCUUCGGGAUGGGCUGCUGCUGCCUACAGCUCACCUUCCAGGCCUGCUGCAUCACUGAGGCCCGCACGCUGUACGAUCAAUUGGCGCCACUUUGUCCUAUAAUGCUGGCGCUGUCAGCGGCGUCGCCGGUGUACCGCGGCUACCUGACCGACGUGGACUGUCGCUGGAACGUGAUCUCUGCCUCCGUGGACUGCCGCACGCGCGAAGAGCGCGGCGCCGAGCCGCUCAAGAACAAUAAGUUCUGCAUCCACAAGUCUCGCUACGAUUCCAUCUCGUCUUAUAUCUCGCCGGAAAAUGAAAAGUUUAAUGACAUCAACAUAGUGCACGACCGCUCGCUGUACCGACGCCUGCGCGAGGGCGGCAUCGACCACCCGCUGGCGCUGCACGUGUCGCACCUCUUCAUCCGCGACACCGUCUCGCUCUUCUCCGAGAAGGUGCACCAGGAUGACAAGAACGAUACCGAUCAUUUUGAAAACAUUCAAUCAACAAAUUGGCAGACGAUGCGCUUCAAGCCGCCGCCCCCGAACUCCCCGAUCGGCUGGCGCGUGGAGUUCCGCCCGUGCGAGGCACAGCUCACCGACUUCGAGAACGCCGCCUACGUCUGCUUCGUGGUGCUGCUCACGCGCGUCAUACUCUCAUACAAUCUUAACUUCGUCAUGCCGAUCAGCAAGGUGGAUGAAAACAUGCAGCGUGCCCAGAAGAGAAACGGCGUCCUCACUGAGAAGUUCUGGUGGCGACGUGACGUCGGCGCGCCCACCGACCUCGCCAAGCAGACCAACGACUCCAAUGAACUGUACGCCGAGAUGACCAUCGACGAAAUUGUUAACGGAAAGGACGGCAUAUUCCCUGGCCUGGCGCCGCUGAUCGAGUCGUACCUGUCGGGCAUGGACGUGGACGCGGACACGCACUGCUCCGUGCAGCAGUACCUCAAGCUCAUCCAGCGCCGCGCCUCCGGGGAGAUCUCCACCAUGGCCACCUGGAUGCGGAACUUCGUCACCAACCAUCCGGAUUACAUGAAAGAUUCCAUAGUCUCGGAAAAGAUAAACUACGACCUCCUGAAGACUGCGCACGGCGUCCAGACGGGCCAGAUCCCCGCGCCCAAGCUACUGGGCACCAGCACCGUGUCCAAGACCAACGAAGACAUUCCCAAAGCGUUCAGCAAGAUGAUGAGCAAGGACUGUCCGUAAGCAGCGCCCGCCUCGCCGCGCUGCACCUCUGCCUAACUACUUGUUGUUAUAUAUUAGAGUUGCCUUACGUUGUUUACUCCUGACGAGAUUUAUAGAGGACAGCAUCGCUACCCUAGCAUGCCAUUAUUAUAUAUUUAUGUAACGUUCGACACAGGAUAGAAGUGAAAUCGACAACGUAUUUAUUUUUACAUUCCUCUAACUUGUGACAAUGCAACUUUUGUCAACUCUCUUCCAGUGACGAGAUCGUAACUUUUAUCUUGUGGCGAGCUUUAUUCGAAUUAGAGGUGAUAUAUUAAUAACAUUAUUACACACAAGUUAUUUAGAAUAGACUCCAAUGUGACCUUACCUUAGGAUAUAGUUGAUAAUCUCACAUUUUAUACAACACUACUUACAGCUCGAAACGAAUGCAAGAUAAUAUCUGUUUGCAAAUUGUAACCAGAGCAUCGUUCCUAGUUAGUUGAAAUGUGAGGAAGUGUGAUACGACGGAGAUAAGUCCAGUUAAUUUUAUUUUAUUUUUCUUAUCGGUUCUUGGAUUUUUUCUAUAACUUAUGAAUAUUUAGCUAUUGUUAGUUGUAUGUGGACAUAUUCCACAUUUUGCUAAAUAAAUAGUUUUUCGUGAAACACUUUAGUACUUAUCUGUGUUUUAGUUUUAGGUCAAGGUUUGUAACUCACUGCAAACAAAUGUUAAAGUUGUUACAUAAAUAGACGUUUUCUAUAAAUUCAGGGUGAUGAUCUACUUCUAGAUGUUUGGUAAAGUCCUUCUCUUAUUCAUGUUUUAUGUCUAGUUUAAAUAUUUAAUUUUAUUCAUAACUUUGGUGCGCACAUUUAUUUGUGCCAGCUGGCAUUUAAAGCAGUAUUAGCAAUACAUUUCCAGGACAGGCAAAUAAAAAUAGGCAAAAUGUAAAUAAUUAAACACUGAAAAUAAUAAAGAAUGGUUGUGAAUGGUGUUAUAAACGAUAAAGCAUGUUGGAGAGUGUGUUCGUCACAAUAAUUAAAUUUUAUAUAGCUAAAACCUGACUAACUAUUACCAUAUUUUCAAAAUGUAACUCGACAGUAUAAACUCUGUAAUUAGUUUUAUUUAUGCAUGGCAUAUUUUGAAUCUGUUGAUGAAUAAAAAUGCUGAAAUCUAACGCACACAGCUUACUGUUGCACAGCGAAAUUAUUUCAAACAUAGUGCAAUCGUCAACUAUCGUCGGCGCACCUCACUUCCGCUGUGAGCAACAGACGCUUAUUGAAAAAAAUAAUUGAGUACAUAAAUAACCAUUGUUCGAUUUGAAUGUUGAGUCGAGUGCGAGAAAAUAAAGUACUUAAAGAAUUAAUCCAUUAAUUAAAUGAAAGAUAAAGCCUAUAAUUUCUUCACAGUAACUCAGAUAGCCAUGCAAAAAUAUUGAAUUUCGCCAACAAUUAAUUUUUAUUUAUAAUUUCGUUUUUGUGAGAUGCUUCGCGCAUGCAGGGGAACAGUUCUUACAUGCUUCGAUAUAUCACAAAGUUAGUUAAAGUAUUAGAGUAUCGGAAAUGAGCACAAAAUUGUCCUACGUUGAAUUUUUAUUUUUAUAAUUAUGUGUCAAUAUUUUAAAAGAAGUAAUGUGCAUUAUUUUGUUUACACUCAGGAUUAUUUUAUGUAAUUUGUUAUGUUUAUUGUUCACUGUUGGUGAGUUUUUUUUUGAAUUAGAAUAAUUACAUAUGCAUUCAAUAAAGUUAUUUAAUUGUUA